GUGUGAUUGGUUGGGUCUAUAGGUGGACUCAUCCUUUAAACCUUCUUGAUAUGUGAAGGUGGAUGCUACCUAUAUAGCUAGAUGUUCUUCUCAUUGAUGGCGUAGCUAUAAUGCUAUAUAGAUCAUACUUUGCAUUCUUCAAAAUUUCUCCAAGAAAAUGGAGCACAACUUCAUGAGCCGCAUGGAUAGGAAAGCAAUUACAGAAGAUUCACUGCUACUAGGAAGCACUACAGGAGAAAAUAUAUCCCAUAACCAAAUUCUUGAUGCCCCCACAUGUACAAGUACAAGCACGACUCCUAAUUGGGUGGUCAAGCUUGUCAAUGACUCCAUGAAAGAAGAAUCAUUUGCCACCCCAAGAUAUUGUACAACGCCGUGCACAAUAUUCCGAGCUCCUACAAACAUGAGACGAGUUAAUGAACAUGCCUAUGACCCUGUGCUUGUCUCUAUUGGCCCUUUUCAUUACAAGAAGGCACUGCUACAAGGGAUGGAAGAGCAUAAACUCCAGUUUCUUUUCGGUUUGAUGCGUUAUCAAAGCAAGGAAGAAAAAGAACAUAGGUUUCAACGUCUUGCUGAGGCCAUGAAGAGGUUGGAAGGGAGAGCAAGACGGUGUUACUCUGAGGCCUUUGAUGAUAUUUCUACGGAUGAUUUUGUCCGCAUGAUGGUCAUUGAUGGCUGCUUCAUACUUGAGCUCUUCCGCUAUUAUCAAAGGAGUGAAAAGGAAAAAGUUGAUGAUCCCAUCUUCAGAACACGUUGGAAGCUACCUGUAAUUAGGUUGGAUUUAGUGAAGCUCGAAAACCAACUUCCAUUUUUUGUCCUACAAGAGUUAUAUAUGCUCACUAGCUUAGGCCACGAGCCUCCUCUCAUACAUGUUGCGCUUAAGUUCCUUCACCCUUUACUCACUCCAACUCAAAAAAUACCAAUACAUGACCCAUUUCUUGAACACGCACCUGACCAUUUACUUGCACUUUUUCACUCAACUUUCAACCCCAAAGAAAAUUCAAAAUUUACAAGUGCUUAUGGGUCCCUAAUGCAAGAGAAAAAGUGUUUAAUACCUAGUGUUAGGGAGCUCCAGCGAGUUGGGAUUUUCUUAAAGAGUGGAGAGGGUGGCUUAUUAGACAUAAAAUACCAUAGUCACCACAUGACAGUCUUGACUGGUAGGGCUUCACUAGAGAUUCCUCCUCUUUUCAUUGACUAUAAAACUGGACCUAUCUUGAGAAACCUUGUUGCCUAUGAACAAUGCAACAAAUGUGUAAAACCUUAUUUCACAUCUUACAUUAUGUUCUUUGAUGGACUUGUGAACACACCCGAAGACGUUCAAAUUCUUCGUAACAAGAGGAUCUUUUAUCAUGUUCUGGGCAGCGACCAAGAAGUUUCUGUGCUUCUCAAUGAUCUCACCAAAGAUGUUGCUUAUGAUCAUUGGCAUGAGUGCUACCUUUCGCCAUUGAUACAUAAAAUUUAUAUUCGUUGCAAUAAAACAUACCUCAAGAUCCAGGCAACGAUUAGACGUGAAUAUUUUUCCUCACCAGUCAAUUCUAUAUCAUAUCUGAUCACGUUUCUAUUAUUAUAUCUUAGUGUCAUACAAACCAUGUUUACUAUUAUUGCUUACAUUCGACCACAUCCUGAUCAUUAAAUCUCUCUAUAUUACUAUAGAGCAUUGAAUUGUAUGAACAUUAAUUGUUACCUGGACUAUUAUUUCUUAAGUAGUAGUAACAUUAAGAGGUUGUAACAAGAUUGUGUUAGGAAAGUGGUGUUUGUUAGUAGACAUUUACAACAACGCUAGAGAUGAAACAAAUUUUACAAUUUUGUUUACAAUAUAUUUGAGGUGGUAGAUUAUAAUAGUGCAUAUUACCACUUUUAAAUAAGCCUACAACCGAUAUCACUUUUAUA